ACAAAUGUCAUAUUCCUUGUUGUAUAAGCUGAAAAGUGAAAACAAGUGCUGUGCAAAAGUAUAAUAUAUCACGUUCUUGCCACCCAAUGUUCGAUAUUUCCUGACCGUCGCUCUUAAUUUGGAGAGAUUCAGAUAGGACUUUCCAUUGAUAAUACAUGUAUUCUUUAGGAUGUCCCUGGGGGUGAUGCUUGCAUGUGGCCACAAGAACCAGGAGGCAAAGAAGCACCCGGUAGACCACAAACAAGUCAUGAUGAUGAUGAUGGUGAAGGAGAUGAUCAGAGUGACAGCUCAGAGGAUGAUGAUGGUGACGAAGAUGCCCAUGGAACUGCUCUAGAGGGUACAGCAUUUUUUAUGAAUCAAUCAACCACCAUUUUAUGAUCUUUAUUAUUUCUAACAUACAAGCUGGAUCCAUCCUGUUAGCAGACACCCAUGCAAACAUGUUCCCAUUUGUUCACAAAGAUGCAAAACUCUACACAACCUCCACCUCUGGUUAAUUGACACCUGUGUAAUUAUGCAGACACCUAACAAUUUACCCUUAUUACAGGAAGGAUUGAUUGUCUGGUUAAUUGCAACCAGUCUAGCUUUCUUUCUCGAAAUGAAUAGUAUUGUUAUUCUUCCAGGGCCUAUGAUCCAAGUGAUUUUGAACACCUUCACGUCAGCCAAGAAAUUAAGGAUCUUUUUCGGUACAUUACAAGGUACGUAGUUAUUUAUUUUUCUUUUAUAAGGAUUGUUAAGGCUCAACAGUCAGAACAGUAGGAAGCGGGGCCCUGAAAAUAAAGAAAAGUUAACUGGAACCUCCACACAUAUUUAUACAGAGAAGGCUCUCCAGUGAUUUCUAUGUGGAUUAUAAUUUGCAUCAUCUGUGUUCUUCUAUCACUCCUAAGGUAUACACCUCAAACAAUUGAUGUGGAGCACAAGCUAAAGCCAUUUAAUCGAGAUUUUAUUCCUGCUGUUGGAGACAUUGAUGCAUUCUUGAAGGUAAAAGUGUUUUUUCAUAUGGUAGAAUUGAAGAAGUUAAAAUCAAUUUUUUUUUUUUUUUUUUACAUACAUGUAGUAGCCUUAAACCUUCACUCAUCAGUUGCUGCAGAUACAAGGUCCCAUUUGGAAAAUACCCCACUCAGAAACCCUUCACUGAAUAUUCCCACAAAAAAGAGAUAUCAAUAACAUAUAAAGUAUUAUCUAAUGAUGGUGUUUUGUUUAUCACUUUGUCAGGUAACUCGUCCAGAUGGUAAACCUGAGACUUUAGGGUUGGUUGUACUGGACGAGCCUAUUGCAAAAGCAAUCAGAUCCCACAGGUACUGUGAGAAAGCAGAGGCUAUUCAUGCGCCAGCAAUACAUUCACAAUAACACCAUCAACAAAAGUGUUGGUUACAAAGCAAACUCAAACCCUACUUGCAUUAUCUCGACUCACUUGAAGCACUCACUCUUGUAAAUUUCCGUUGAUUUCAGGUUGCAAUGAAAGUCAGUUUCACAUAUACUAGCCCAAAAACAAAAUUUAAUUCUGACAAGCAAUAUUAACAAUAAUUAAUUACAGUGCGGCUAUACACAAACAAAGGCCACCCGGACAAAAUUCUGGGACAAAUUUUGAAAUUAGCUAAUCACAAGUCAAGAUCUAAACAAUGAAAUUGUGCAUAAUUGUACUCAGAGCCAGUUCAGAAUACGUUGCGAACCAUUUUUCUGACGGAUACGUUGUAUAGCAAAUAGGGAAUCGUGAUGUUUGUGUAAAUCAAGCUGAAAAUGUUUUGACAAUGUCUGGUUUAGCUGGAAUCAAAGCAUUAAGAAAUUUUGAGCAAUCUAAACUAAUCUUUGAAUUCCUGUAGCCUAGUCAUUAAAGCCACUAGCCCAAGGCUAUGGGACACACACAGUUUCGCCUCCCAUGCAGGCAUUUUAUCCCUUCCUGUGAGGUGAAGAGGAAUACAACUCUUGUGGUGCCUUGGAAUAUAAUGUAGAAGGUGCAGUCGCACUUUUUAGCAACAUGUUGAAAGUGUUUAUAUAUAAUAACCCUUUCCUUUUAGUUCUGGAUAUAACAAUCAGAACCAUCUCAAAGCAGACAAAUGUGAAAGCUAUGGUAUGUAAAUUAAUAUUAAAUAAAUAAUAUUAAAUGAUUUUUUGUUAACAGUAAAAGGAAAAGUUAUUGGCAAACUCCUGGAAAUAAUUUCUCAUUCAUUAUUAUAAUAUGUGCAAAAUGUAUCUGUUCAUAUUACAGACAGUACGCAGCAUUGAAGACCCGGAAAAGAACCCUAAAGCUGUGGACAACUGGAUUGACAGUAUCAAGGUGUGAUCAUAUAUGUUAAUACUAAUCUAUCCACAUACAUUGAUUACCAUGUGAAAACAAUAGAGGUCAAUCCUCCAUUUUGUAAUAAUUACCCAAGUGCCUAGGUACUUGAUAAUUAAUAGAAAUAUUGUUAUUAUUAUUAUUAUUAUUAUUAUUAUAUUUUUUUUUUUAUUGCAAGUAAAAAACAAAAAAAAAAUUACGCGGAAGAAAGAAAUGAAUAAAAAGAAAAAAAAAUAGCGAAUUUACACACUUACACGGCAAUACUUAAAUUACAAAUAUUAUUAUAAAAUGUUAUUAUAAAUUGUAGCUUAAACUUGCAUGGUUUAUAAAUUGUCUGACCUUUAUUUUAAUGAAAUAAUGUACUACAUGUAAUUAUUACGAAGACAAAUAAUCAUCAAUGGUAGUUUUCACAGGUGACACAUAACCGUUGUAGUUUGUACACUGCAUAUUAAUUUUUGACUUGUUUGCAGAGAACUUCAUCAACAAAAACCUGCUCCUGCAGUUCAUUAUCAGAG